AUGCAAGUGCUACAGAAAGUCCAAGAACAUCAAGCCUCAGGGAUCCUAGUGAUUCCAUAUUGGCCAACACAGAUAUGGUGGCCGAAAGCAAUGAACAUGAUUGUCCAACAGCCAAUUGUCUUACCAAAAAGCAAGGAACUAUUAUUCCUCCCCAACCAACCCAACAAAAUAUAUGGAACAUGA